AUGAACGACCCCAAACCCGGCCCCACCGACACAGCACCACCACCACCAGAAACAAAAACACCACCACUCCCCAUACCGCUGCCACAGCCCGCCUCCCUCCUCCUCGACGAGGCGAUCGCACGAAAGGAAAGCCUCGCCGCCAGAGGCCGCCUACAGACCGGCUGCCACGAGCUCGACGAGCAUGUCCUGCUGGGCGGGCUAGAGAGGGGGUCGGUGGUGGGGGUGAGCGCUGAGGAGGAGGGUGUUGGGUUGGCGAUCGGUCUGCAGACGGUGGCGGGCUUGUUGGUGGCCGUGCCGGCUGCGCGGGUGAUGGUUGUGACGACGCUGCCGGUGGCGGGGUUGUUGCCCAAGUUGAGGGCGGCGCUUGUUGGGAGGUUAGCGCGAGAGGGGAUGCAGCGGCUGCAGGAUGGGGUGAAGGGGUGUCUGGGGAGGAUCUCGAUUGCGCGGGUGUUUGAUAUCGAGGGGUUGUGGGAGGUGUUGAGGGAGUUGGAGGAGGCGGUUGCUAAAGCGGACAACAGGCCGCAGGAACCUGUUCAACAGACCGAGGUGGUCAACAAACCGGGCGAUGUCUUGCCGGAAUCCGUCAACCAUCAAGAGCCGCAGAGGACGGAAGUUCUGGACAGCGAGGAUGAGGGUGGGCUCUCGUCCCCGGAAUCACCACCACCACCAACCAGUCCGCCCGAUAAAACGACCACCGCAGAGCAGACCACCCUUUCAACCCUCCCCGACAUGAUCCUCAUAACCCACACCUCAACCCUCCUCAACACGCUCUUCACCGGCCGCGACAAAGAAACCGCUCACAACACAACACAGCUCCUAGCCACCCACCUCCACGCCCUCACCCGCUCCCCUUCGCACGGCGGGCCGCUAAUCAUGCUCCUCAACUCCACCACCUCCCCACACCACCCCAACAACAACAACGCCACCACCGCGCCGCCACCAGACAGCGACCGCCCACCCAAACAGCUCGACUCGACCCUCCGCUCCAUCUUCAACCCUCCCACCGCGCCACAACGGGGCCAUGGCUCUGCCUUUGCCACAACCAGGAAGAGCAAGCCCUCGUUUGGGCUGGUGUUUUCCCAGAUGCUGGAUCUACAUCUCCUGUGCACCCGCGUUCCGAGAACGAGGGCCGACAGAGUCGCUCUGGCGGCAAAUCCCGGAGCGGCAGGGCUAGAGGCGUCAUAUGUGUGGUUGGUGGAGGUGUUGCUGGAUGAGCUUGGGGUGUAUCAAAGGGAUGCCGGCGGUGAAUGGGAUUGGUGGGAGAGGAGGAACAGGGAGCAGAGGUGGGGGGCGGUGGAUAUUGAUGGGGAGGGCAAGGUUGUGGAUGCACCUUUCUCGUGA